GUCUGGGUCUGGUCCUGGUUCGGGUCUGGUCUGGUUUUGUUGGACCUUCCAGAGGACCGUGGAUGACCCGCUGAGCAGCACCGGAGGAUCGGCUGGUACUGACGGGUCCAAACCCUCAGAUCGGUUCCGGUUGGUUCCGUGGUCUCCUGCUCCGCAGCGGCGGCUCCCUGCUGCUCUCCCCGGGGCACCGGCUGCCCGCGGCCCGCCAGCGGCUGGAGUUCAGGCGGGGAGGAGCUGCUCACCGCUGCCGUGAAUCCAGGACGGCCUCCCGGCUCCGGCCCCCUGCAGCGGGCAGUCAGGAAGAAGCUCGCCGGGAAGGGAUGGCCUGCUCGGUCUCCCCGCUCCAGAGGACACGGCGCUGCGGUGUUUGAGGGCGGACGGGUGCGGCUGGAAGCUACCGCCGCGGCUCCAGGCGCCAUGAUGGCCGCCUCCCCCACCGCGGCCGGCGGCUUCCCGUUCCCCGGGCUGUCGGUCAGGAAGGGCGAGCAGAUCGCGGAGCUGAUCGAGCUGUUCUCCAGGACCCAGUACAGAGCGAAGGAGGUCAGCCCCCGGGUGGAGAUGAUAGAGAAACGAUGUCUGGAGCUUUUUGGAAGAGAUUACAAGUACAGCAUCAUCUCCAACUCCAACGGAGAGGUCUGCGGCCACUACCCCCGGCAGAUAGUCUUCCUGGAGUAUGAAUCCCCGGAGCCGAACAGAGACAGGUUUGAGAGCACGGUGCAGAUCUCUAAGCUGCAGGACCUGGUGAACCGGAGCAAGAUGGCGCGCUGCAGAGGGCGGUUCGUCUGCCCCGUCAUCCUCUACAACGGAAAGCACAUCUGCCGGUCGGCCACGUUGGCAGGUUGGGGGGAGCUGUACGGACGGACGGGAUACAACUACAUCUUCUCAGGGGGCAGCGACGACACCGGGGCAGAACCAGAGGAGCUCCCAGAGGACGACGGAGCAGUUAGGAACGGAGACUCGCAGCUCUUUGACAAAGUUCGAGGUCACGACAUCAAGCUGCUGCGCUAUCUGUCGGUUCGCUACAUCUGUGACCUGAUGGUGGAGAACAAGAAGGUCAAGUUUGGCCUGAACGUGACGUCUUCGGAGAAGGUGGACAAGGCCCAACGCUACGCAGACUUCACCCUGCUCUCCGUGCCUUACCCAGGUUGUGAGUUUUUUAAGGACUACAAAGACAGAGAUUACACGGCGGAGGGGCUGGUGUUUAACUGGAACCAGGACUUUGUGGACGCUCCUCUGACGAUCCCUCUGCGCUUCUCUCAGAACUUGAACAUCGACUGGACCCGGUACCAGUCGUGGGACCUGGUGGAGCAGACCCAGAACUACCUGAAGCUGCUUCUCCACAUCAUCAACAGUGAUGAUGACAGCGGGCUCCUGGUGCACUGCAUAUCCGGCUGGGACCGGACGCCGCUCUUCGUCUCCCUCCUCAGACUCUCGCUGUGGGCAGAUGGAGCCGUUAACGCCAGCCUGGAGCCUGCCGAGAUCCUCUACCUGACCAUCGCCUACGACUGGUUUCUGUUUGGUCACAUGCUGCCGGAUCGUCUCUCCAAAGGGGAAGAGAUUUUCUUUUUCUGCUUCAAUUUUUUGAAGCACAUCGUCUCGGAGAAGUUCUCAGCCGUUAGGAAACAGAGGAGGAAAAACUCCACCUUCAAAGAUGGCGACUUCAGCGUGGAGGACAUCUGCCAGCUGAGGUCCAGGGACCGCGGCAGCAUCACCAGCCUGAGCAGCGACUUCUCCCUCAUCACCGAAGAGCCGCCUGCCGCCUCCAGCACCGACACCAUGGACCCGUUCUCCAGCCAAUCCCAGGCCUCCAGCUGGAGGAAAGUUCCCGCCUCUUCUCCUCCUAUGGUGGUUUGGAACCGGCAGAACCUGUUGGAUGAUCCUCUCUUCCAUCCAGCCGGAGAGGCCAAGUCUUCCAGCUCAUCCUCCUCCAACCAAUCAGAUCACGUUGUGACCCGCACCGGCAGCAGCCCAUUGGCCGUUCCCAGCAGAGGGUUAGCAGCAGACUGCUCCAGAUCAGCUUCCUCCCUGUCCACAGACUAUGGAAGCUGGCAGAUAGUUUCCGGAUGCGGCAGCAUCCACGACCACGGCCACUUUUCUCAGCCGAUGGCCUCGCUUUCCUCCAACUCUUCUGCUGUCACCUCUGCCUUCGAUUCCCCGCUGCCCUUCAGUUUCCAGGACGAGGGCCCCAGUGGGCGGACGUGCUCCCUCCCUUCGGAGCGGCAGGCUCGGCUGGAAGCGGUCCGGGAGAUCUUCCUAGCGGCCUACAGCUCCACGGUGGGUCUCAGGUCUUCGGCCCCCAGCCCUUCCGGCGCCAUCUCCGGCCUGCUGGAGCAGUUUGCCCGCGGGGUCGGCCUUCGAGGCAGCAAUGCCAUCGUCUGAAGUCCUUGGGUGUGACUUCCCCAUUUAGCCCCCACCGUCCAUCAGAUCAGGGGCCGGAUGCAUAAAACAGGUUGUGAUGUAAUGAAGAAGGAAGUCUCGCUCAGAAAUUCCACGUUUUGUGAAACUGUACACUUUGUUUUUCAUGUUUAAAGCCGUCUUUGCUUGGGGCUCAGAAUGAGCUGAUGGUCCCUGGCGAAUGACGGUCAGAUGUGACCGUUCAAAGCCGUGAAUCUAAAUGUCUAGUAAAAAAACUCCCUGGUUAAUUUAAAGGCUUUUUUUAAAUCACAGUUUUGUUUCCAGUCAGGCUGAAAUCAAAGGUUAAAACGGAGACGAUGACGGAGGAACCAGAGCUCCUGAUCUGGCAGCAGACCAAGUGCCAAACAUGUUGCUGCAGCUUCAUCCUAUUAUGUUCUGCUGGAGCUCAGCUGCUCCGGUUUCAUUAUUUCAGGGAGAGAUUCAGUUUCCUCCACUGUGAUGAAAAGGG